UAGAUUAUGCUAAUAUUAAAAAAAUAAUAAUAGAAUUUGCAGCUAAGGUUUAACCUUAUCCUGAAGCACUUUCAAAAAUAAAUAUAUUCAUAACUACCCACACUUAAAUAUUUUAUGGCGGGUAGGCAACAUUUUAAGUUUCCAUAAAGAAAUCGUUCAAUGAUCUUCUGUUUUACUCAAUGUGAAAUAUGCAUUAAAUUUAAGUUCUAUUUUGGUUUAAUGUUUUAGGAUAAUAUUAAUAUAUCCCGAGUUAAUUUAAAAUAACAUAAUGAAUAACAAAAAUGAAAAUAGAGUAGAAGAACCAUACAUGGAAAAGGAACUCCUGCUGCCAUAUACACAUUUGAUGAAAAUUCGCAGUAAACAGCUCCGAAAAAAAAUUCCAAUGUCAUUUAACCAUUGGCUUAAAUUGCCAGCUGAGAAGGCACAAUUUAUUGUGGACACUGUAGACAUGCUACAUAAUGGUACUUUGUUGAUCGAUGAUAUUCAGGACAAUACAUUGUUACGUCGAAGCAUCCCAGCGGCCCACCUUGUGUAUGGCAUUCCUCUGACCCUCAACACGUCUCUCCAUGUGAUAUUCCUGAUGCUGGACAAGCUAUUAACGUUAAACCACCCGAAUCUCAUGAAGCUGUACUGUGAAGAUUUUCUGGAAAUCAUUCGUGGUCAAGGUAUUGAGGUAUAUUGGAGAGAUAAUUUUCAAAUUCCAACAGAAGCACAAUAUGAAAAUAUGCUAAAACAAAAAACCGGCCAUAUGUUUAGGCUAGCAGUUCGAGUGAUGCAACUUUUCAGCGAUUUCAAACAUGAUUUAAGUGAACUUCCUUUGCUUGUGGGACUGUUUUUUCAACUGAGAGAUGAUUACUGUAAUCUACUACAGGAAGAGGCAGUGGAGGAAUGGCCAGCCGAUAAUGGUGAGAAUUGUAAACAGGAAUCGAAUAUUUCUUUUUUCAAGGCUCCAUCUACAGACCCGGAUAAUUUUUGCGAGGAUCUCACGGAGGGGAAGUUUACACUGCCCAUAAUCCACGCUGCCAAUACCGGCAAUGGGCAAACUGUACUCAACAUUCUUCGGCAACGCACUCGUGACGUUUCCAUAAAGAAGUUCUGCGUCUCCGAGUUGGAGAGGCUCGGCAGUCUUAAGUACACACGAGACCGGCUGGAGCAAGUUGAGAAAUUGCUUCGAGCUGAGAUAACACGUUUGGGCGGGAACCCCAUGCUAACAUCUGCGCUUGAUGACUUGGCUUGGAAGUGACGUGUAUAUCAAUUCUUACUAAAAUAAUUUAAUUAUGUAGGUGUAUGUA